AUGCAUUCACCUGAUGGAGACCAGUUGUGGGGCCCCAGAAAGUCUCUGUGGGGCCUGAUCGCUGAACGUGUGUCUGAGUCCGAGCUGCCCAAGAUCCACAGGGCACUGGGCCACUCGCUGGUGGACAUGUACGUCGAGGUGCACGCUGAGGCGGAGAUGUGGCACAAGAUAUGGCAGAAGAGCCAGCAAGGUGGAAACGACGGCGGAGGAGCAGGGACCACGUUCACACGACUGCAGGGCUUCCCUCUGACCGACCCUCCCGCUGUGAAAGAGCUGCUGAGAGCCGAGGUCAAGAUGUUACUGCAGACUCUCAGAGAACAAGCCGGCAGGUGGGGGAAAGACGGUGAGGAGCUCCUGUCUCAGUACAAACCUGAGACGGUAAACUACGUCCUCAGUCUCCCUGACAGCUGUUACAGAAGGUGUACCGACCCCAAAGACACUGAAGGUGGAAGCAGGCCAAGCUCUCGCUGUUCGGUCCAGUCCAGCGCUGAAGAUGAGAUUGAAGCGAUGAUGGAGAAGCUGAAUGUCACAGAGAUAACCCAGGUGGUGGACCGCCUCAGGUUCAGAGCAAACGGCCUCAACGUCACAAUCGGAAAGAUUAAACAAAAGCUUCAGAGCCGGAGUGAAUUCGGUGAAGCUGAACCUUCGCUCGUCGAGCUGAGAGAGCUGAGAGGAGCUCUACAAACCAAGCUGCAGCUCUUCCCCUCUUCGUCUGCAGCCUCGUCCCCCCGACCGGUGAAGGAAGUGAAGAGCAGCUACAGACUGUCAGCAGGACAAGGCGCUGAAGCUCCGCCAGCUUCAGUCUGGAGACAACAUCAUCUUCCUCCUCUGUGCCCUCCUCGGCCCCGACCGCCAGCUGGACCUGCUCUCACCAAGACCUCCACAUCCAGGACUCAUUCCCAGCACAGAAUCACAUCAGCCUCCGAUAAGUCAAGUAAAGCACCUGCCUGCGUCAGGACUGAUCCUUCUGAGUGCACAGACAGCCUCCUCCACGCUGACAUCGACCACAGUUCCUCUCCAGAGCGAGGCAGUGCUGGUCUCCACCACAGGACCCACACUUCUAGUUUUCAAACACCCUCCAGUAAAACCCCUCCUUCAUCACAUCGCAGCCUCCACAGCCCGAGCACUGAGAGCAGUGAGUCACCACAGAGGGAGAGAAAAAGCAGCUCUGCUCGGAGGUCAGGAAGUAUCAGUGUCACCCCCUCACCUGCUCCUGGCCUUAGCCGAGUCAGCGAUGCAGGAAGUCUGAGCAGCAGGAGCGACCACUCGGCGUCAACAGGCAGCUGCAGGAGGCGAAGUGGACCGCAGAGUGGUCGCUGUGGAGGCGGCUCAGGACCAGCGUCAGCACAGGUAGACAAUGACAGAGGAGUAAAAACAUCUGGGGGCUCUGAAGCUGGGAGUCCUGCACGACACAGCAGAAGGAAAAGCAGCAGUGGGAUGGAUAACGAUAAAAACGGCCUCCUUAGGAAGCAGAGCCCAAGUAGCCUCCGUUUGACGGAUAGCUCCUCACGUGGUCCAGAGGGCAGGGACAGAACGGGACGAGCUGCAUGCACUCAGUUUACCUCCCCUAAGAAACCACACGAGGGCACCACGAGUCAGCCCAAAAGGGUCCAAGACGCUCAGAUGGAGGUUCAGUUCCUCAGCAGGUUUCAUCAGCCAACCCCUCCUGCAGGAGUCAGCCACGGACAAGACAUGGGGGUUUACAGCACUGGGAGAACACAGAAGGUCUGUGACAGGGAAGUGUUUUAG